GGAAUUUCGAGUACAUUUUUUGCAUCAUUGUGAAUCGUAUUCUGUUUGUGUUGAACUCAGCUGUGACAGUUUGUGCCAAUUCAUCAAUUUUGGAACAUUCAGCUGGCAUUUCGAGAUGCGAAUGAUAUCGAUUAUCGCGAUAAGCGAGGUGAGUCAUCAUGUCAAGCGACGUCGAGGAGGAAGAGUCGCAGCAGGGGGAAGAGAAACCGUUCGCCGUCGAACGCGCGAAGACCGGCCGCGCGAAAUGCAAGAGAUGCAAGUGCGUGAUCGAGAAGGGCGAGAUACGGAUUGGCAAGUACGUGACGAGCUUCUUCGCGGAUGGAAAACUGAUGCCGGCCUGGCACCAUGUCACCUGUCUGUUCGACGCGUUCGCCAAACAGCGCGCGACGACCAAGAGGAUCGAUGAUCCUGCGGAGGAUGUGAAGGGUUGGGAAUUAUUGUCCGACGACGACAAGACGGUCAUCCUGAAUAAGCUGGAGGAAUUCGAGAAAUCUUGUCCUACAAAGAUUUCGAAAAAGACCACAUCGCCACGAAAAACGGCUCCUUCCUCAAGUACUACUUCGGAAAAAACGAUGGAAAAGAAAAAGAAAGGAACUGUAACGGAUGACAAGGAGAAAGAUAAGAAAGAAGGGGAAAAGAUCUCAUCAAAAGAUGACUCCUUUCGCGAAUUUCGACGCGUAUGCAACAAUAUCGCCAAUGCCGACGCCUACACUGACAAGACUGCGAUUAUUAAGAGGAUGUUCACGAAAGGAGCACAGGGAGACGGUUUUAAGGGUGACAUCGUGCUCUGGUGCAAAUUGUUGCUGCCCGGCGCUGUAAAGAGAAUCUACAAUCUGCAGAGUAAGCAGCUGAUAAAGUUGUUCGCACGAUUAUUGCUGCAGGACGAGGACGCGAUGUUGGAACAUCUGGAGCAAGGUGACGUGGCUGAGACAAUCAGCAUGUUCUUCGAGAACAGCGUCUCUGUGUCGCCUUGUACCGCGAGCGUAUUGACGAUCCAAGAUGUUGAUCUUUUUUUGGAAAGUUUGUCACAUUUAACCAAGGAGGAGGAACAGAUCCAGCAUUUUCGAUCCAUCCUCGAUAGAUGUACCUCCAACGACCUCAAAAUGAUCGUACGUCUGAUCAAGCACGAUCUGAGGAUCAACGCCGGUCCGAAGCACAUUCUCGAGGGAGUCCACGUGGACGCGUAUAGGGCUUUCCAGAUGUCCCGAGAUUUGGAAGCGGUGAUACGUCGUUUUCUGCCCGACUCGGAGGAAAAACCUUCGGACACGUUGGGCUCGCCAUCCAGUCGGAAUAAAGUAGUCAUUUCACUGAUGACGCCGGUUUUACCGAUGCUGGCAGAGGCAUGCACAUCCGUGGAAAUGGCGAUGCGAAAGUGCCCGAACGGAAUGUUAUCCGAGGUCAAAUACGACGGCGAGCGCGUACAGGUGCACAAAAGCGGAAACGACUUUCGAUACUUCAGUAGAUCCCUCAAACCGGUCUUGCCGCACAAGGUGAAUCUGUUCAAGGAUUAUAUAGCGCGGGCAUUUCCCGAUGGGGACGAUUUAAUUCUCGAUUCCGAGGUUCUCAUGGUCGACAACGAGACAGGGCAACCCUUGCCUUUCGGCACCUUAGGAAUACACAAAAAAGCCGAAUUUAAAAACGCCAAUGUGUGCCUCUUUGUUUUCGAUUGUCUAUACUACAAUGGAGAGAUACUUAUAAACAAGUCUAUGUUGGAGCGCAGAAGGAUCCUGAUGGAUAGGAUGACCGAGAUACCGAAUAGAAUAAUGCUAUCAGAGGUUCACGAAGUCCAUAAUCCGCGGGUUUUGGCGGAAAGAAUUGUGCACGUGUUGAAAUUAGGUCUCGAGGGUUUAGUUCUAAAGGACAUCGAUAGCAAAUACGAGCCAGGCAAGAGACAUUGGUUGAAGGUAAAGAAGGACUAUUUAUGCGGGGGUGCAAUGGCUGAUAGCGCAGACCUCGUCGUGCUUGGCGCAUGGUACGGCACAGGCAAUAAAGGUGGCAUGUUGUCAAUCUUUUUAAUGGGCUGCUACGACGAGGAGCGUGAUAAAUGGUUGACUGUGACCAAAGUCCACACGGGACAUGACGAUACUACCCUAACGGCGCUUCAAGAUGAGCUCGACAUGGUGAAGAUCGGCAAGGAUGUUGACAAACUGCCGAGUUGGUUGCUUGCCAAAAAACCCAUGGUACCGGAUUUUGUGGCGAGAGAUCCCAAGGAACAGAAACAGCCAGUGUGGGAAAUUACGGGGGCCGAGUUUACGAAUCAGGGGGUACAUACCGCGGACGGUAUUAGCAUCCGGUUUCCGCGUGUCACGCGAAUUCGUCACGACAAGGAUUGGUCCACGGCCACUAGUUUGAACGAGUUGCGCGGACUCUUCAAGAAGAAGCCGGAUUCCGUCGACUUUAGUCAUCUACUCGGAACAUUGGCCGAUGUCAAGGAUACUGAGAAGAAAUCUCCGAGAAAAAGAUCUCCCGACUCGGCUACGUCACCGAGAAAAGUUGAGAAGAAGGCGAGGAAGGUAACGAGCUCACUGGACGAGCCGUCAACGAGUUUCAAGGAAAUGUCGGAAGAAUCUUUCGAGAAACGGAAAAGGGAUAAACGCGACGAAGGAUCCGACAAUAUUGCAGAUGUUCAGCCGCGGAAAAAGAAAUUGAAAGUAUCGAAGAUCGAAGCGAAAGUCAAAAGAGACGUGGCAGAGGAAACGCAACAGAAUCGUGACGUUGAUUAUUAUCUUACCGAAAGAAUGGACGCAGAAGGAUCUUCCGAGUCCUCGAGCGCCCUUGAUCCAGACGACGAGGAUACCGAAUCGAACACUAUCCUGCAAGACGUGCGAGCGACUUUUGCGCCAGGCUUUGAUAAGGGUAGGAGGAAGGACGCAUGCAGGAUGCUCAAAAAACUUGGCGCUACGAUAGUAACGUUGGAAAAUAGACCAGUCUCGACGGCAACCCACGUCAUCCACACGCGCACGGAAAUUCCGUCCACGGCCGUUCUCGUGGAUUUCACUAAUUUUCCAAGGACCACCAAGCACGUGAACGUGUCCUGGUUGGAGGAGUCUGCAACGCGAUCCGCGAAGCAGGACGAAAUCUAUCACGCAGUACAGCUGAUCGGGGAUUACUGCGAUUGUUCUUGCGCACAUUGACAAACGUAGCAGAAGGCCGGACUUUAUGUUCGCGAUAUUAUGGAAAAUAGAUUCCUCAUGUAUGAGAAUGUUUUUUUUGCAAUGUUUUUUUUUUCAAAAAAACAUUCUUCUAAAAAGUACGAGAAAUCGAGAGAAGUCUGAAGAUUUUCUUAAUAUAUUAUAGUUCGAAUAUUGAAAUGUUGAUGUAUCGAUUAUUCCCUCUCAAUAAAGUUAUUCUUAUAUAUUGAUAUCGAUGUCGAUACAUUGUAAAAUGAUAAAAUUAAAGAGACGGAUAACAUGACAUAUUAUUUAUAUUUCAUUGAUAUGUGUCAGAUACGAUGAAUAACACAAGCGCGAUGUUUUUUGCGCGCUGUGUUUACGUUUUCACUCGUCUUAUCCUUCACGCGGCGAGACUCGAGUUAUGCGUAGCAAAGCACGAACUAUUUGUUAGGCAUCAUCCUUCGCGACAAGUACUAGUAGGAGCAGUUAUUCAUCUACGCGUUAAUUUGUUUCGCGUUUUAUUCUCAUCUAAUUCAUCAUUAUUUCAAUUAGCAACUAAAAAUGCGUGUGUCUAAUCAAUUAUCGUAUCGUAACUAUUUUCGACUCUUAUCUCAUUCUCAUCUCAUUUCGCAAUAGGGAUAGAGAUACUGAUGUCAAAUUCUUUCAAUUAAUUGGCAAAAUAUUU